UAGGCCAAUAUAGUUACUAAAUACCAACUUUAAGUUAACACCUCAUUUUUUAUAUAUAAGCCUAUUAUAAAAAGUUUCAUUAUUAACAGAUUAGCCUUAUAUGUUGCGCUUGAAAAUCGAUUAACGGUGUUAGAAUAUGGUAUUCUAAGCACCAUUACACUAACCAAACCAACCAGAAAAAAAGUAAUAAAAAGCAUAAUGAUCUAAGAUUAUUAUUAUUUUACAAUGAAUUGAAUAUUAGAAUUCCAUUAACUCUCUAAAUUACUGUGGGCGGUCGUUGUCUAUAACUGCAUGACCUGACCCAACGCCUCAGUACCGACUUGAUAAACUAAGCGCCAGUAAGUUCAUAGACUCGCGGUUAUAGACAAUGGACAUCGACAAACCGUCCUCAAUUCCAAAGAUAUCAUGUCAAAAUAUGAGACGAAAACGUUAGAUAUCACCGACUAAAAAGAAUUUUCUUUCACCAAAUGUAUUGUUGAUGUCGGCCUGGAGCAUUUCAAAAGAGGAUUUGAAGAAGAACCUAACUGUCUGUGCGUCAUUAACUGAGCAGUUUUCAUUCAAUCCUGUCAUUAAGAAAGCAAGAACGAUUUCGAUGGCGAUUUAAGGCGCAUUAUCAGAGCUAUCAACUUGUCAAAGGCGUAAUGAAUUCAACGCUUCAACGAAAAUCAAACGACCGUCCACCUUGCCUUAUUUGGCUCAAGAUCUUUUGCAAUGAAAUUGAUGCAUCGCUAUAUCAACCUGUAUUAGCUAUCACACAAAGCAACAACAUACUAAAAAAAGAAAAAAAGAAUUAGUGUUUCUUAGUCUGCUUGUUUCGUCAAUAAUCGUUUGUAAAUAAAGGCUCCAACUCUACCGAGAAUUCCCGGGUACGUCUUAACUCGCUUCUGUAAAAAAGUUUUCCAUAAGGCCUAAUGACUUUUAAACAGUGUCCCUUGUUGAUUCAAUAAUGCGUAUUCACUUGUACAAUAUACCUAUUAUUUUGCUCGUGAAAAGAUCAUUCAUCGGAAGAGGGAGUGAUGUUGUAGAAACUGCUUGGAGAGGUGCGUGCAUAUGCGUAAUUUGUGCCGACCAAUGACGGCACUACGAAAGUAGCAUCAACUUGUUACGAGUUGCUAAAUGGGCCGUGCUCUCGACGCUUCGGCUUCAACAUCGUUUGAAAUCAAGUACUUACCAGCAUUGCUCUUCAAACGUCUAAGCGACGAUAAUUCUUCACAGCAAGGUUUCUAAACACAGUCAUUCGAACAUUUCACAGUUCUGCCUACUCUUCAUUACGGGAUUAUUUUGUACCAAGACAAUACAAGCGAGUUUUUGAUAACGUUUUAGCAAAGAAACCAACAUGGAAAUGCCUUCGGUUUCGAAUUCUGGAUCGAAUGUCACGGCGGUAAACACGAAUUGUAUGGACGUUACGGUAACUGAUAGUGUGUUUUACGAUAGGACCGACAAAAUUAUCAUCACCGUGAUUAUGCCGACUAUACUUAUUAUUGGUCUAAUGGGUAACGUAACUUUUCUUGUUGUUGUAACUCUUGUCCAGAGAAUGAGGACCAUAACAAAUCUUUAUCUACAAAGUUUAGCUGUUUCCGAUAUUAUAUUUCUUAUAGUAGCUAUCGGAGAAAAAUUAUGGCGGUAUCUGUCGUCACCCUACGUCGAUGACCAGUCGAUGAUGGGACAAAUUGGGUGCAUUGUUGUAUAUUUUAUUACAGAUAUGACGUUUUAUUCGUCAGUUUUCCUUGUCACGUUAGCGGCCGUAGAACGAUUUUAUGCCAUUUGUCGCCCGUUGAAACAUCGAAUGAAAAUCGGGGCUAAGGAACGAACUAUUCGGCUUAUUGCAUCUGCUUGGGUGCUUGCAUUUUGUCUAUCUAUGUUAGUAUCGCCCAGCAAUUGGGGAAACAAAUCAUACUGUUUAUGGUGGAUAUCAAACGGGACGAACUCGCCAUCAUCAUCGGAGUCCUUCCCAUCGGAAAAUGAUCCGUAUUAUCAUAACGGACGAAUGUUCCAAUGCACUGGUAUUACUCCCUGGUAUGUCAGUUUCGGAGCUUGUGUUCAAACACUUCCAUUCUUCACGGCAUUUAUUGCAAACUGUACAUUAUAUUACAACAUUAUACACAGUUUGAAUCGACGCGUUGGCACUGCUGACCGCCAGCGGCCGAACACAAAGAACUUACGAAUCCGCAAUCAAGUGGCACGGAUGCUCAUUGUCAAUGGUUUAGUUUUCUUUAUUUGUCUGGCGCCGUUUGAAAUUCUUUCGCUGGUCGUUACGAGCGAAACUAUCACCAACAUAGUCGUGUUGACGCAGGAGCAAUAUAAUAUGUGGGGUGAGUUCGCCCGUCUCAUGCUGUACGUUAAUUCCGCCGUCAACCCGAUCGUAUACAACUUAAUGAGUAAGCGAUAUCGCCAGGCGUACUGCGACGCACUUAAAUGCCACGUAAGGCGCAAAUUGUUCCGAACGAACUCGGAAGAUUCGGGAUCCAAGAAGAACGGUAGAAACACGUUGACAGUCACACACCAACUUCAUAAUCUAUUAACUACCGCCACUUGAACCCUUCCGCGUCCAUUUGUACAUUCACCCGUAGGCCUACUUAAAUUACAGACUCUCGUUAGGCCUUUAGUAAAAUGAGAGUAAUAUAGACAGUCCGCAUAAUUGAACGGAUUUUGAGUGAUUCAACCUACCGAUUUGUACAUAAAAUUUAAUUAUGUAAUGUAAAUAAAAUAAGCAAUCUAUCAAAUAGACGUUUUUAUAAUGCCUAUUACAUUCGGUAUUUUUUAUAAUGAGAAAAUGUGAGCAAAAUAUGAUUUUUGGCACAGAAAGGUUUCAUGAAAUCGAUUUAAUAGCACAAUGUAUAUUGUUGUCAAAACUAGUGUACGUAUUCUAUUACUGUAAUUAAAAACCAAGUCAAAAUAAAAACUAUAAUACUGCGGGCAGGUGGUGUAAAAGGCUCUCUCUUCGUUAUUAAUCCCCAAGCCAGGUAUCUUACUAAUAUAAUUGCAAUGGAGAAUAGAUGCUAAGCACAGACAACAGCUGACGUGGCUUUGUGGUAUGUGAAUGGAUUCUAUACUUUGAUGUAUAAAACACUAGACUAUUAAUGUAAACGUGCAUGAUCACUCUAAUGGGCUGGCAUCACUGGUCACAUUCGCGUUUACGUAGGCCUGCAAUUAUUAUUUAGGCCUAUAAUGACACGAGCAUUAUUAGCGAUAAUGGCCCUAGUAGAGGAUGUGGGCCUAAAUAGUCAGAAGGACGGACGGGAAUGGGGAAUCUAAAGAAAACAUUAUUAAGUGUUUUCAAUUUGAUUAUAUUAGAUAAUGUUGAACAUGGUAUAUUAUAAGUACUAAAUUGUUAAUACUGUAUAUUAUUAUUAUUAUCAUCAUCAUCAUCAUCAUAAUCAUCUUCAUAAAUAUAUGAACAUCAUCGUGGCGGUAGUAGUAUAGUAAGUAGCAGUAAGCAGCAGGUAGUAGUAGUAGUAGUAGUAGUGGUGGUGGUGGUGGUGGUGGUGGUAGAGUACCGGUAGGAGUAGUAGAGUAGAAGUUGUAGCAUAUGUAGAACAGUAGCAGCAGCUGCCUCAGUAAUUAAUACAAUUUAGAUGUAGUAGUACUGUAUAUAUAGCCCUGGUUCUUAAUUAAUUAAUUAAUUUUAAGAAUCAAAUACUUUUUAGAGUUUCAAUGGCCAAACAUAAUCAAGUUUACUUGUUAUACUUUGUAGACCUAAAUUGAAAUUCUGAAAUGCUGUGGCGGAAGCCGCCUGUUGGCCACACAGACCUACUUUAAAAAUUUUUUGGAUAUUUCAAUGCCCUCGGGCCGUCUACUAAGAACCAGGGGUAUAUAUUAGUAGUAAUAGUAGUAGUAGUAGUAGUAGUAGUGGUAGUAGUAGUAGUAGUAGUAGUAGUAGUAGUAGUAGUAGUAGUAGUAGUAGUAGUAGUAGCAGUAGUAGUAAUAGUAGUAGUAACAGUAGGAGUAGGAGUAAUAGCAGUAGUAAUAUGUAAUUGUAGGAAUAGUGUUAGUCGUAAUAAUAGUAGCAGUAUAAGUAGUAUUCAGGGGUGAAUCCGGUAGCUGGAACGGGGGGCUACGUGCCCCCCCCCCCCCCCCCACCCUUUUGCCACUAAAUUUUAAAUUUUCGAGGCAUAUAUUGAAUUGGCGCUCUCACUUAUCUAUCCUGGAUAUGUUGUGCACCACCUCUAUUGAAAAAUUCUGGUUCCACCCCUGGUAUUAACAUAUGAAAAUGAGUGUUAAACCGAGUAGAGUGACUUAAAGAUUAGCAAUUUAUUUGUAGUCGCAUCACUCCCCUUUUAUGUUCGUUUAUAGAGUCUGUGGAUAUCUUGAUAUAGGCGAAAUAUUGUCAUUAACUUUAUACCAUGUGAUGUAUACACAUUGUUUAUCUGAUUGUCAAUGAACUAUGGUUACUGUGCGUUAUAAUAUUGUAAAUGUUUUAUGUUAAUAAGGUAAAUAUAUAAAUUAUAAUCAUUACUGUCAGGUUGUUAUAAUAAUCUUGCUAUAAUCUAUUCAAUAUAUAAUAUUCUUACAUCUAUUAUAAUUCAAUAUUUAAAAUAUUUAUUGAUCCAUUUCUAAAUGAUGAUGAUGAUCAAAUGAAUGAUGAUAUUUGACACUUUAGAAAUAAAUAAUAUUAUUAUUCAAAAAAGUACUGCCAACCCAUGUUUUACUUUAAGCCCUGUUCACAUUUUAUUUGAUAAAAACAUGUGACAUGCCUAAAUAUGGUCAUGAUGACAUCACAUCAUGACCAUAUAUAGGCGUAUCAUGACUAUAUAUGGGCAAACACCAGUUUUUGUCAAAGAAAAUUUGAUAGUCUGGAAGUUUUCAGUAUAAAUAGUGUUUUAACAAUUUAAUUGGCCAAUGUAGUUUAUAGGACAUUAUUACAUUAUUAUUAUAUUAUAUUUAAAUAUAGUUUGUUUAUCAUAUAUAGGGCGCACUCCAAUUUGAGUUUCUAAUUUAAUUUCGAGACUUUUUCAAAGAACAAAAUAACAACCUUCAAUCUUUUAACACAAAUCUAACCCUCCAACUGGAGACCAACUUCCAAGACACCCCAAAUAUUCACGCCCCAAAGGCGGUCUCGAAUUGGAGGACCAGUCGUACUAUAAUAAUAUAACGUACAGAAUGAAUAAAUUGAACUUUUGUGGUUUUAAUAAACACAGAAUUUAAUUGAGGCUCGAUU